AUGCUGGGGGCCGGGGCGGUUGAGGGAGCCGCCGUGGCGCUCCUGCGGCUGCUGCUGCUGCUGCUGCCGGCGCUCGGCGGGCCGGGGCUCGGCGUGGUCGGCGCGGCGGGAGCCGGGCUGCCCGACAGAGUGAUUUGGGCCGUCAACGCGGGCGGCGAGGCGCAUGUGGACGUGCACGGGAUCCACUUUCGCAAGGACCCUUUGGAAGGCCGGGUGGGCCGAGCCUCUGACUAUGGCAUGAAACUGCCAAUCCUCCGAUCCAGCCCCGAGGACCAGAUCCUAUAUCAAACAGAACGGUACAAUGAGGAGACCUUUGGCUAUGAAGUGCCCAUCAGGGAGGAAGGGGACUACGUGCUGGUGUUGAAAUUCGCUGAGGUCUACUUUGCACAGUCCCAGCAGAAGGUAUUUGAUGUGCGAUUGAAUGGCCAUGUCGUGGUGAAGGACUUGGAUAUCUUCGAUCGUGUUGGACACAGCACAGCUCACGAUGAAAUCAUCCCUAUGAGCAUCAGAAAAGGGAAGCUGAGCGUCCAGGGGGAAGUAUCCACCUUCACAGGAAAACUCUACAUCGAGUUUGUCAAGGGGUACUAUGACAAUCCCAAAGUCUGUGCGCUCUACAUCAUGUCGGGGACAGUGGAUGAUGUACCAAAGCUGCAGCCUCAUCCAGGACUGGAGAAGAAAGAAGAGGAAGAGGAGGAAGAAGAAUACGAUGAAGGAUCUAAUCUCAAAAGACAGACCAAUAAGAACCGGGUGCAGUCAGGCCCCCGCACGCCCAACCCCUACGCCUCGGACAACAGCAGCCUCAUGUUUCCUAUCCUGGUGGCCUUCGGAGUCUUCAUUCCAACUCUCUUCUGCCUCUGCCGGUUGUGA